CAAAGCAUCCGACGACCUAACAACAAUCUUUAUCCAUACUAUUUAUAAUCUCAUUAAUAAAUAAUCAUAUAAAUAUCACCGUUAAGUUAAAUAAAAAAUAAAUAACAACAAAAGUUUAAUUAAAAAAACAUUAAUAUGGCAUUAGAUUUUGCAGCAACGUACAAAGUUUUAGUUCUUGGUGAUUCUAAUGUCGGAAAAACUUGUAUUGUUCAUCGUUACUGUGACGAACGUUAUUAUGAUACAUAUAUAUCAACUAUUGGAAUUGAUUUUAAACAAAAAAUAAUAAAUUUGGAUGGUACUCCGAUAAAAUUACAAAUUUGGGAUACAGCUGGACAGGAAAGAUUUCGUACAUUGACGACAGCUUAUUAUCGCGGUGCAAUGGGAAUAUUAUUAAUGUAUGAUGUCACUAGUCUUGAUAGUUUUAAUCAUUUGUCAUACUGGUUACGAAAUAUACAAGAGAAUGCAUCUCCGGAUGUUGUUAAAGUAUUAACAGCAAAUAAAUGUGACGCGACAAAUAAUCGAGCUGUUGAUGCAGAACGCGGUCAAAAAAUAGCUGAUAAUUUUGAUAUGCCAUUUUUUGAAGUUUCUUGUAAAGAAAAUAUAAAUAUUGAAGAUGCUUUUCUAACAUUAGCACGGAGAAUACGCGAACAAAGAGGCCGAAGAGCCAGUUUAUUUGAAGCAUCAGAACGUGAAGGUGCUGAUAGUAUUAUUAAAGCACAAUCACCAUCGCAGCAAGGAGAUGCUUGGAGAUGUUCAUGUUAGCCAAUUUUAUCAGUAUUCAAAAUUUUAUUUUAAAGUUAAGUUAACAAAAAUUAUCUUUUUAAGUUUUUAGUCAUGGAAAUUGAUAGAAAAUUCCAUGCCUUU